AUUGAGUUUGUUGACUUCAUGCAGAAGUAUCUUCAUUUGAAUUUAGUUUCUGACCGUACUCAAGCAACAACAUUAGGAGGCUCAUGUUUAGAUUUGACGUUCACAAGAAACCUCCGUUCCGAAUGUAUGAGGUACUGCUCGUAUUUUUCAUACCACAGGCCUAUUCUAUCUUUGCUGACAGUAUGAAUAAAUAUGUGGACUUCAAAAAAAUUUCAACCCGAUUAAGCCAUUGGAGACAAAUAACAUGGAAAUACAUAAUCAUUGCCCGAUUUACACAGAACUCAAACAUCGUUAAACGUCUUAACCCGAUGGAGCCAUUGGAGGCAAAGAAUAUGACUACAUAUCGUAAUAUUGUGAUUUGCACAGAACUUAGAAACAUCUGUAAGCUUGCUAACCUAACAAUGGAGCGAAACAUCAGUUGGUAUCAGAAAUGUAUAUAG